UUAAUAAUCUCUGAGUUCCUUAUUAUUUGAUCUGUCUUCUACUUUAUUUUUUUUUUCUUCUUCUUCUCUCUCUCAUCUCUCUGGACUCUCUCAGACCUUGUUUCUUCUGUCGUCCGGCGUUAAAAGCUUCGGGUGUGGUCCGGCGAAGAAGCCAUUACAGAGAGUGAUGUCUCAUUCUAGAAGGCUUUCGUUAGAACCUGCUAUAGAUUCAGUUACUGGUAGAUUCCGUGUUUUAAAGAGACACGAUGAUGAUGAUGAUGACGUCAACAAACCUGACUUCAGAGAACUCGAUCUGGGUUCUCCUGUCUCUACCUUAAUGCCACGUGUCUCUGCUUCUUCUUCUUCUUCUUCUUCUUCUUCUGCAGCUGCUACUCCUACAAGCAGCUCUGGUUCCUCUUCGGGCUCUGCUUGUGGCAAACCGUCGGUGAGUUCUCAGAUGGCCAAGCGUUUCGAGAGUCACUCCGGCGAGAUUUCUAGCCCCGGAUCCGGAACCACCACCCGGAAUCUUAAACCGGGUCAUCGAAGAUCUUCUUCCACCGGUACGCCGUUGAUCUUCUCUGGCUCUACCUACUUCACCUCAGCUACUACGAGUCACACCUCGCCGCAGGGAGGUGGUGGUAGUGUCGCUACGUCGGCAGUGUCGUCGAGUCCCGGCGUUUUACCAGCCGGAAACAUCUGUCCGUCGGGUCGGAUCUUGAAAACCGGAAUGUCGAGCCGGACCUCAACAAGGACUGAGACUCUCUGUACAGGAACUGGAAAUUACGGACACGGAAACGUUGUACGAAGCGGAAGCGGAGGAGGAGGAGGAGGAAAGGCGGCGGGGAACAACGGCGAAAACCCCCCGGAGGAGUUGAAGAGAUUGGGGAAUGAUAUGUAUAGGAGAGGCAAGUUCUCUGAAGCUCUAUCGCUUUACGACAGAGCUAUUUCGAUUUCACCGGAGAAUGCUGCUUAUAGAAGCAACCGUGCGGCGGCUUUAACUGCUUUAAGACGGUUAGGAGAAGCCGUUAAAGAAUGUCUUGAAGCUGUUAGGCUUGAUCCUUCUUACUCUAGAGCUCACCAAAGACUUGCUUCUCUUUAUCUCAGAUUGGGUGAAGCUGAGAAUGCAAGACGUCAUAUUUGUUUUCCCGGGCAAUGUCCGGAUCAAGCUGAUCUCCAACGGGUGCAGACGCUUGAGAAGCAUCUCCGGCGAUGCUCGGAGGCUCGAAAGAUUGGAGAUUGGAAAACUACUAUUAAGGAAACAGAUGCAGCCAUUGCAAACGGCGCUGAUUCGUCUCCUCAGCUUGUAGCUUGUAAAGCAGAAGCCUUUUUGCGUCUUAACCAAAUAGAGGAUUCAGAUUUUUGUAUAUCUUGCGUUCCAAGACUCGAUCAUCAUCAUUACCAAUCUCAAGUGCAAGCUAAACUCUUUGGUAUGGUAGCUGAAGCUUAUGUGCUCUGUAUUCAAGCUCAAGUUGAUAUGGCAUUAGGAAGAUUUGAGAAUGCGGUUGUAAAGGCAGAGAGAGCUGUAAUGAUCGACCAGACCAAUCCCGAGGUAACGUCGGUUUUAAACAAUGUGAAGAUGGUUGUGAGGGCACGUACUUGUGGUAAUGAGCUUUUCAGUACGGGGAGAUUCUCGGAAGCUAGUGUAGCUUAUGGAGACGGUCUCAAGCACGAUGGCUCCAACUCGGUUUUGUACUGCAACAGAGCAGCGUGUUGGUAUAAACUCGGUUUGUGGGAGAAAUCUGUUGAAGAUUGUAACCAUGCGCUCAAAAUCCAGCCUAGUUACAUCAAGGCACUUCUAAGAAGAGCGGCUUCAUAUGGAAAGCUUGGUCGGUGGGAGGAUGCGGUUAGAGAUUAUGAGUUCUUGAGAAGGGAACUUCCGGGAGACAGCGAAGUUGCAGAGUCUUUAGAGAGAGCGAAAACUUUGCUAAUGAACAGAAGCCAAGAAUCUAAAAGCUUAGGAUUCAACAACGAAGUUGAAGCGGUUUCGACUUUGGAUAAGUUCAAGAGCUCUGUAUCACUUCCCGGUGUCUCUGUGUUUCAUUUCAAAUCAUCAUCAAACCGACAAUGCGAAGAAAUCUCUCCCUUCAUCAACACUUUAUGUCUCCGGUAUCCAUUAGUACAUUUCUUUAAGGUGGAUGUGGAGGAGAGCAUGGUGUUGGCGAAAGCAGAGAGUAUCAGGAAAGUUCCGACAUUUAAGAUGUACAAGAAUGGAGAUAAAGUGAAGGAGAUGGUUUGUCCUAGCCACCAGUUUCUAGAGGACUCUAUAAAGCAUUUUCUCUUAUGAUUGAGAAAGCCCUAUUCAUCAAUUCUCUACUUCCCUAUGAGAUUCGAUGAUCAGAAGAGCCUAUUUAAAGACUCAGAAAGCAAUCUUUGUGAACGAUGGGGAAAGAGCUAUUCUAUCAAAUUCAACAAACUAUUCAUUCUUUCUUCUAUUUUUGAUUCUAAUUCUUUUUUUUUCUUUUUCUUUUUGGAGUUUGACUCUACUUGCUUUGGCUAUAUUACAUAUGAGUAAAUGUUCAGAAGGAUUCAAGAAAUGCAAGCUUCAUUAUCUAUUUCCACCUCA